UCACUAAAUGGGGUGCUCCACUUCGCAGUACUUCGCAUCUCUGUCUAUAUGUAAAAAAUCUCCACUGCUGGAAGUUGUUGGCAAUGCAUGAUUUGCAGUACUUUCUCACAUUUUUCCUGAAAACUAUUUAAGAUCCGCAGACUCCAAUGGUUUUAGUAAAUGUAGGAUGGGACCUACGUUGAACGGCAGAUAUAUUUCACUGAUCCUCGCAGUGCAGCUAGCGUACCUGCUCCAAGCAGUGAAAGCAGCUGGGAAAUGUGAUACUGUGUUUAAAGGCUUUUCGGACUGUUUGCUCAAACUUGGGGAAAACAUGGCCAACUACCCGCAGGAGCUGGACGAGAAAGAAAACUUAAAAACCAUAUGCUCGUACUGGGAUAGUUUCCACGUCUGCGCCGUGACAGCUCUUGCAGACUGCCAAGAAGGAGCGACAGAUCUUUGGGAAAAACUUAAAAAAGAAUCCAGAAACCUCGAAUUUCGAGGCAGUUUAUUUGAUCUGUGUGGAGGCAACGGAGCUGUCAGGUCCACGGAUCUUCACUGCUAUACCAUAAUUCUUAUAGCACUUUCUGCUUUAGUUACAUGGCUGACUUUCUAGGACAAAACAGUUAUAGCAAUCAAAUUCAUCUAAACUUCACCCGUAUUGGAUUUAUAUAAAUUUAAAAGGAGGAAGUAAAACAAAGAAGAAACCCUUAACUUUGAGGGAACUGUGAUUUUCUGGUGUCAUCGAAAACCACGAAAAUUUUGGAGUGUUUGGAAAUGUUAUACUUUCCGUUUCAAGUGAUUAUUAUUUCUUUUUAUUAUCUUUUUUUGCCAAAUCCUCUACCAAACAAAGUGUUGAGCAGCAGCCAAAAAGGAAAGGAAAAAAGUUACAUAAAAUAAUGGACAUCAGAUGUGCACCUUCGUCACUCUGAUUCAGAAGAGGGUAACAACAAAUUUUCACCCACUUGGAAGGAAACUCAGGAACUGGAGUAGCAAUUUAAGCAAAAGUGGGUUUAACAUAUGUCUCUAUCAAUAAAAUGAGAAAUAAGAAGAAUUACGGAGAACGUACCAUAAGGGGAAAAAAGGACAAAGACAUGCAAUCAGAUCCAUGCUCGAAUUUCUGAAAGUUCUGCUGCCGACAGUUGUAUUCGCCAUUAUUCAACACGACCAUAAUAGGAGUCUUCUGCACAUCGUACAGUAACCUGGUGGUUCUGGAUAAGUCAUCGGUCGGAUAUAAUUGAAAAUGUUAGCUUUAUUUGAUGUUGCCAAGGCAUACGACCACUUUUCACUGCCUUUAAUUAAUUUAUAUGUGUUAUGUUUGUUUGUUGGUUGGUUCGUUUGUUUUUGGGGAUGUGGCAUAUAAUUCCUGAAUAUAGACAUCAAAAAGGGGCUCUAUGUAUAAUAUAAAAUGUUUUGGACUAUAUUAUAUAUAUAUAUAUAUAUAUAUAAAUAACUAUAAGAGCAAAAAUUAAAAGAAAGAUAUAAUUAUUUACUCAAAACGAUAUAGAGCAUACAUUAAAUUCGAAAUAUUAAAUAAAUCGACUGUUUGAACAGAAAGUGUCUGUUGUUUUAUUAU